UGUGUGUGUGUGUGUGUGCGCAGCAGAAAGAGGAGGCGAGGAGGAGGAAACCUGAUCUCACUCUCUCUAUCUCUCUGUGUGGAAUAAACGCUUAGCCCUCACCGUUAUUGGCCUUGCUGUUAGCUUGCAGCGUAGCCCGGCCCAGUUUGGACCCAGUGUGAUUGUGGUGGAGGUGGUGGGGAUGGAGCGGUUCCUGGCCCUGCUACGUCUGCUGAGCAGGAGGAGGCGAGGGAGGAGGUACCGGGCGGAUGAUGAUUACCAGGAAGGCUACGAAGACGUUUACUACUACACCAGCAAGUACAACACACACCUACUGAAUGAAGGGCCGUACACGAAACACUCCGCCGGGUCGCGACCUCCAGAUGGAGCGCUGGCCAUCAGGAGGCAGAGUAUACCAGAUGAGUUUCGGGGAUGCACGGUGGUGGAGUUGAUGAAGAAGGAGGGGACGACGCUCGGGCUGACAGUUUCAGGAGGAAUCGACAAAGAUGGGAAGCCUCGAGUUUCAAACCUGCGGCAGGGAGGCAUCGCGGCCCGGAGUGACCAGCUGAACGUGGGCGACUAUAUCAGGUCUGUCAACGGCAUCAACCUGGCCAAGUUCAGACACGAUGAGAUCAUCAGUCUGCUGAAGAACGUGGGUGAACGGGUCGUCUUGGAGGUCGAGUACGAGCUGCCGCCUGUCUCGGUGCAGGGGUCAGGGGUCAUGUUUAAGAAUGUGGAAGUCACGCUUCACAAAGAAGGAAACAGCUUUGGUUUCGUCAUCAGAGGUGGAGCCCAUGAAGACAGGAACAAGUCCCGUCCCAUCGUCAUUACAACCAUCCGGCCAGGCGGCCCAGCAGACCGGGAAGGAACCAUCAAGCCAGGUGAUCGGUUGUUAAGCAUUGAUGGGAUUCGUCUCCAUGGCAGCACACUUUCAGAGGCCAUGAGCAUCCUGAAGCAGUGUGGACAGGAGGCCACGCUGCUGAUUGAGUAUGACGUCUCCGUGAUGGACUCUGUUGCCACGGCAUCAGGGCCGCUGCUGGUUGAAGUUGCCAAGGCGGCAGGGUCUAGCCUGGGUGUGGCCCUGUCCACCUCCAUGUUCUGCAACAAGCAGGUCAUCAUCAUCGACAAGGUCAAACCAGCCAGUAUAGCAGACAGGUGUGGUGCUCUUCAUGCAGGAGAUCAUAUCCUGUCCGUUGAUGGGAAGUCGAUGGAGUUUUGUUCCCUGGCUGAAGCCACUCAGCUGCUUUCUGCUUCUUGUCAGACCGUCCGCUUGGAGAUCCUGCCACAACACCAGACCCGACCAGCCCUGAACGCACCACAGCACGUCAAGGUGCAGCGUAGUCCCCGCCCCCUCCCCUGGGAGACCGGAGGCUCUGCCCCUAUCCUCCCCCCCUACCACUACAACACGUACCACCCUGACCAAUCAGGCGCCAGAUCGCACAACCGCCAUACAAACAAUCCUCCGCUCAGCCACUCCUUCUCUCCAGGCUCCAUGUCGGCCUAUAGCCUCUCCUCCCUCAACAUGAGCACCCUGCCCAGGAACAUGUAUCCCACAAGUCCACGGGGCACACUGAUGAGGAGGAAGGGCAAGAAAAAGGACUUUAAGAGCUCCUUGUCCCUGGCGUCCAGCACUGUGGGUCUGGCCGGUCAGGUAGUCCACACGGAAACCACCGAGGUGACGCUGCUUGGCGACGGCAUCAUGGGGUUUGGCCUGCAACUGCAGGGAGGAGUGUUCGCCACGGAAACGCUGUCAUCCCCGCCACUUAUUGCCUACAUCGACCCCGACAGCCCCGCUGAGAGGUGUGGCAUCCUGCAGAUCGGUGACAGGAUCUUAUCCAUAAACGGCGUUCCAACCGAAGAUUCGACCCUUGAAGAAACCAAUCAGCUUCUCAGAGACUCGUCCAUCACUGCUCAGCUCACACUGGAAAUUGAGUUCGAUGUAGCUGAGUCAGUCAUCCCCAGUUCAGGGACGUUCCACGUAAAGCUCCCAAAGAAACCAGGAGUGGAACUGGGAAUCACCAUCAGCUCUCCGUCCAACAGGAAACCAGGUGAUCCUUUGAUCAUCUCGGACAUCAAAAAAGGCAGCGUCGCACACAGGACGGGGACGUUGGAGCUGGGAGACAAGCUGCUGGCCAUUGAUAACAUCCGUGUGGAGAACUGCUCCAUGGAGGAAGCUGUUCAGAUCCUCCAGCAGUGUGAGGAGCUCGUCAAACUGAAGAUCCGCAAAGAUGAAGACAACUCUGAUGAACAGGAGGUGUCUGGCAGCAUCAUUUACACAGUGGAGCUUCAACGCUAUGGUGGUCCGCUGGGAAUCACCAUCUCAGGCACCGAGGAGCCCUUCGACCCCAUCAUCAUCUCCUCUCUGAGCAAGGGGGGGCUGGCAGAGAGGACUGGUGCGAUCCAUGUAGGCGACCGUAUUCUUGCGAUCAACAGCAGCAGCCUGAAGGGGAAACCUCUGAGUGAAGCCAUCAGUCUGCUGCAGCAGGCGGGCGAGACGGUCACGUUGAAGAUCAAGAAGCAGGGAGAACUGUCAAGCCCAAAGUCUUGCGUGAUUGGUUCGGGUCUGGGGCCAGGAGUGGGGCCUAACCUGGAGAACCAGGAUGGGGAGGAGGAGCCUGUUGUCAUGGUUGCACCUCCGACAAGCCAGAGAGCAUUCAGCACACUGCCGUCCGUGGACAGCGCUGUGGAGUCCUGGGAUGGAUCCAACAUGGACAGCAGCUUCACCACCCCAGCUCCUACUUUUCAGUCGUCACUGUACAGUUUCCACGAGUGGCGCAGCGCCAAGACAAGCAACAGCCAAUCAUCAUCUUCCACUCGCCAGAGAGCCAAUCCACUGUCGGAUCUGGGUCUGAAUGACGAUGAUUGGGACCGGCCACCUCUCGGAGGAGGCUGUAAUCUGCCCAGCGGUCUAAUCUCUGACAGCAGGUUUAAUGUGGGACAUGAUGGGACAGAACCAGACCAGGAGGAGAACUUCUGGUCUCAGGCUCUGGAGGACUUGGAGACCUGUGGACAGAGCGGCAUCCUCAGAGAGCUGGAGGAGUCUGGAAAGGAGACACACCUCCUCACUCUGGCUACCAUCAUGUCAGGCUCCACCCUCAGUCUAAACCAUGAUCCCACCCCUCUGCGGAGCACACUGGGACGCCAGGCGAGUUUCCAGGAGCGCAGCAACUCCAGACCACAAGUGACUCCUCGAUCCAACACCUUGCCCUCUGACCCUCAGCGCCGAGCCUUCGCCAUGAGGAAGAUGAGACAGGAAGUAAAUGACAUCCUAAACCAGAACCCUGUGGAACUUCACAAGCUCACUCUGGAGAAGGCGACAGACCUGGAGGAUUUUGGUUUCAGCGUUUCUGAUGGAUUGCUGGACCGCGGCGUCUAUGUUAAUAACAUCCGACCCGGAGGCCCAGCGGAACGGGGUGGUCUCAAAGCCUAUGACCGAAUACUACAGAUUAACCAUGUGCGGACCAGGGACUUUGACUGCUGCCUUGUAGUUCCCCUGAUUGCAGAGUCUCCAAACCGCUUGGAGCUUGUAAUCAGCCGAAACCCUUCAUCCUCUUCCUCCUCUACCCUGAUGGCCAAUCACACCGAUGGCACAACCAACAGCAGCCACCCCUCUCAGCCAGUUGGCAGUGACCUGGGAUCCUCAGAGCUCUCUGUUGGCCAGGGAGAGGACAGUGGUCCAAUUAAGUGGAGCCAACCAGGAGAUGGCUUUGGGACAGGGAUUGGGAUGGGGCAGGUUACAAACAAUUCCUUAUAGCAGACAAAAAUUAUGUCACACUGGAUUCAACCACACCAGACUGGAGAGAUCGUGAGGAAAAAGGGGACAACAAAGUUGAAUCAAACUGAUUUAAAACUGGUUUAAACUGGUUCGGAGUAGACCGCCCAUGGUGCUACACACACCCUCUGGAUGACCUUUGACUACUAUAGUUUGACCCUUGAACUGCUAAAGCAGCCUGAAAGCACAGUGAUGGACUGGAGCAACUCCACACCUUUUAACCUGAACCAGUUCUGUAUACUGGUAUUACUAGUGUCACUGGAACCAGAAUUCUAAUGAUCCUAUUAUAGCCACAACUGGGGCUACUGGCCUACCUGGUCUAAGAUUAAUAGUUAUUGGUCCUUCUAGCCCAGAGCCAGUGCUACUGGUUCUACUGAAGCCACAACUACAGCCAAUAGUCUUAACGGUCUACAAGCCGAGAAAUAUAUCCCUAUGAAGUCAGUGCCGCAGCCAAUGGUCUUACUCUUUUAAGAUUGAUGGUUACUGGUUCUAGAAGCCUAGAAUUCUAGGUUGAAGACACAUGGGUUCUGGAAUUAUGGUUCCAGGUUCCACCAAAGUCCUACUAAACAAGCACCUGAGCCAAUAGUCUUAGCAUACCAAGACACACAGGUACUGGUCUUAGUGGGAUCAGGACAAUGGCUAUUGUUUCUAGUGAAACCAGAGGCUAAUCUAGUUGUCUUACUGGUCAAAGCAUGGUUCAUGUUUGUGGUCUCACUGGCCAAGGAACUAUGGAUACUGUGCCAUUGCCAUGGCCAGUGCUUGGGGAAGUCCAUCCUGGAUCCUGGGCCUACUAGAACCAGAUUUGUGGCAUUUGGCCGAGAUCCACAGCAGCACAAAGACUGAUGGGACACUAGUCCAGAUACCGAAACCUGCUGAUGGGCAUAACAGUUGCCAAGGAGACUAGGGAUGCUCUGAUCAGUGUCUACAUCUGAUGAUAUUACUGAACAUAUACUGAUUACUAAAUCCUUAUGCUUGUGUAUAAGAAAUCCUUAUGAAAGUCUUCUAUUUGAUAUUUAACCAGCUGAAAUAACUGGUCCUCAGUACACUAAAAAUUAGAUUGUUCAGAAUGCAGAAGACGGUAAGUCUGAAUUUACUGAAGGUGUAACUUUUCCAAGUAGUUAUGCUUGACAUUGGAAGGUUGAUGGAAAGGUAGUUUUAGGCACUGCCCCACAUAGAAUUAAAGAAAGAAGCUUUCGAACAAGAAGGUACAGAUCCCACAAGAAACCGGUAUCAGAAGGUUGGUUUAAGAGAUGAGAAUAAAAAUGGUUCUGGUUAACUGCAGGUUUUGAAGAAAGGGUAUAAGUGGAAAUGACGAUAGAAAGAGAGUUCGAGCUCAAAAAUGGUUGGAUUCAUAAGGUUGGAUUCAUAAGGUUAUGAUGAGAUGUACCUCCUUAAAAUAAAUGCUCAACAUGACAUGGAAACCUGAAGAGAUAUCCAAAUUAAACAGUACAAAAGGAAAGACCUCCUUAGCUAGUUCGUCUGGCAACCCAGAGAUAAAAUUCAGACACUAAGGCUCACUAGUUUGGUUUAAAUAGUUGGCAGAGGUUGACAGACAGCUUUGAGGGGUUUUAACAUUGUUGCAUUCUUAUUUACCAUUCUAUUGGAAAAAUAAUAACUAGCACUUAGUCAAGUUCGAUUAUGCACUUUACUGAACUAAAACUGUACAAGGUUUGGCUUGUACUUUGGCUCCACUGUUGAACGGCUGCUAUAUUUUAUGUAACCUGCUCUCUAUCACUUUAAUUUCCUAAAUUCUCCAUAAAUUACAACUGACAGUUCUAAUAUUUUAUGACGCCAUUCACAAAAUUUACAUUAUUACUAACCAUUGCCGCUAUACAGAUGAAUAAUAUGAGAAAAGUUAGCAUUUGAGCAGAGAUGUUGGUCUCUGGAUGAACACUGUUUUAAAGUUUUAAACCAGAGCUGGACAUUGAAACAUGAUACUUGUAGGAGCCAUUCUUGGGUUAAUACCUUAUGUGGUCGCUAGAGGUCACCUUUUGCUGUUUUGAUCAUGUCUACAAUACUGGUUUUUACUGAGCAGGAAAACCUGCAGCUGCAUAUAUAUUUAUGUUUGUUGCGCCUCAGCUUGAAGCUAGUGAAAAGACAAAGAUAAGGUGCUUUCGGACCAGAGAAAUUUUUAUUGGUCUUGUUAAACAAGCCUUUGUUAGUUUUUUUAGAUACACAUGAUAUGCACGAUUGGAGAACCGCUAGCCAUCACCAAAGUUCUAAAAGAAAUUCGAGUAUGGUUAGAAAGGAAUACUAAAAAUUUGACAGAACACAACUCAAAACAUUUCAACACAUAAAUCACUGUGGUAAAGAGUUUAGGUUAAAAUUUGCAGAAGGUAAUUGCAAAAAAGUACAUUUAAAAAGCCUGCAUAAAAAUGGGUGUAACAUCAGCUGAGUAUAUAAAACUCUCAGUGAUUAAAAAAUGGAGCAAAGCACAGAGAAAUAAUUUUACCUUGGCUCUGUGUGAGGGCAAGGUAAUUUGAUUUUUCAUGUAUACUUAAUGCUAUUCAGCUUUUACAUCACUUCUGCAUAUCUAUGCUCCAGGAGGAGGCCAUGAGAAACUGGGACUGGUGUGGAGCUCUGCACCAAUGAACUUAUAAAGAGAAAAAAAUAAUAUUGAGCAGAACUUAUUUCAGCUUAUUUCAGCUCCAAAACAGUCCCAGUUUAGCAUGUGUCUCCUUGGGAAAAUAAAUUGUCCAUCUUUGGUAUGUAGGCAGUUUGAAUAGAAAAGAAUCUGCAAACCAUGCUUAGCUUAGUAUAUCUGGAAAGUGUAUUUUGGAAAGCUAUACAUCUUUGAUGCUUUUUGGUCCAAAAGUGCCUAUAGUCCAUAUCUUCUUAGGAAUUUGGGAAUGCAUUGCCUCCCAUUAAAAGUAACAGUUUGAAAUAUUUUGUGGAAAACCAUCUAUUAAUGGCUACUUCCUAUAAACAUGUUUCUUAAUUAUGCAGUUUCUAAUUUAAAAUUUUGGCAAGCUAAGUUAAAACAAAAAACACAAAAAAGGAACCUCUGCAACACUGGGCACACUCCAUCUGCUAAGGGAGAACAUGUGGUAGGAUCCAAAGCUUCAGAACAGCUACUUUAUAUGCUUUAAUAUGUCAACUAGAGAAAUUUGUUUAUAUAUAAUAUAAAGGACAAUAUCAUUAUGUUUUUUUAAAUAAUUAUUUGUGAAUUUUACCUUUAGGAAAAAAAAACCGGUGCAUUUUCACUAAUGAUCAGCUGAUACUGAUCGGAGCAUCCUAAAUGAAACGAAGGGUUUACUGUUAAAAUUUUAGUUCUGUGCCAUGGACGAGCUACAGGCUGGAAGAGUUACGAUAACCACGCUGUCAAUAAUAAUAAUGAUGAUGAUGACACUGAGCAAGUUCAAUAAUACUUUUUCUACUGUUUACACCUGUUGGACUGGCCACACUGUGUAUGUAUGUGUGCGUGUCUGUGUGUGUGUAUGUUACACGUUAAACACAAGGCCAGUUAAGCCCCUCCCACCUCAAGCCCCACCCAAUCUACCCCCUGACCAAUAGGCAGCCAGGAUGAUGGACGGCAGUUCUGAAAAAUUCAGCUGAUUGGCUGGAACCAAUCAGAAACAUAAACAUUUCCUUCCCUGCCUGUCUGUGAUUGGUUCUUUUUUUACACACAAAGACAACCAAUCAGCUUCCAGGAAGAAGCCACGCAUGCCCCUCCCCCGACUUCCCCUCCCCAGCCCCAGUGACAGUGAUCUCUUAUGCUAAUCAAUUGGUGUGUUUUUUUUUGAUUGACUGUUGUCAAUUCUGUUUGUUUGUUUGUUUCCAUGGUGACUGAACCAGAAAAUAUGUAAAAUAGAUUAAAAAAAAAAAAAGAGUUCAGUCCCCAUCGCUGUUCACAUCAAAAACCAUCAAACCCUGAAAACACCAUCUCAUAAUCACAAAAACUAUGUUACAAAAGAAAAAAAAUCCUGUUAAAACAGGAAACCUGUGACAGUAAACACUGUGUGUGUGUGUGUGUGUGUGUGUGUGUGUGUGUGUGUGUGUGUGUGUGUGUGUGUGUGUGUGUGUGUGUGUGUGUGUGUGUCUGAGAGAGAGUGAGUGAGUGUUUAUUUUCGAGUGAUGUCAACAUCUUCCUGCUCUCACCUUAGUCUUAACUCACUAUUUAAAGUGGCCAAUCAGAACCCUCCCUCAGCAUCCCUGAGCCAAACACUCCAAUAGUUGCUGCUGUGCUUUGGAUUAGCAUUGUGAUUGGCUGUUUCUAUGUGGAUAGUUGUAAUUGGCUGUUCUGGUCUACCCAAAAAUUUCUAAAAGCUCAGAUGGGUUUUUUUUUUUUGGUUUUUUUGCAAGAAAAUGCCUAGUAUGUAGUUAGCAUUACGCUAGCAGACGCAGAGCAUACCCAUAAUUAUAAACACAGUACAAACUACUAUCCCAACUAUGUUUACUAGCUAAUAAACAUAGCAAGAGACUUGUAAGCACAUGGGUAAAAGCAGCUAACCAAAGCUUAAAUUUAACCAACAUUUUUUUUAUGUUAGCACACAGCUAUCCCAGUACUAGCACAGUCUGUGUAUUGUUAGCACAAACCUUGCACUUCACUAAGGUACGGUUAGCUGUAGAGCUAAUUAAUGUCUUUUAGCAUCUUGACUAGAAAAAGGCUGAAACACUGGUAUUACACUGACACUUGAGCAAGCUAACUUGAUCUAAGGACAUAGCUAUCAUAUGGCUAGCAGACAUUAAACAAAGGGCUAGCGUAAUCAUAACAGACAUAACACAAGGACCAUAGGCUGGCUGUGUUUGAUAUCCAUUUAUUAUUAUGUUUAUUAGCUAAUCACAAAGAAAGAACUUGGUUGGCAUAUAUUUAAACAGCUAGCCAAAGCUAACAUUUAUUGUAACAUCCUAUUGUAUGUCAGGACACAGUUAAGCAAAACUUGUGCCCAUUUUUAAAAUUGGGCUAAUGUGUUAAAUAAAGACUUUUUUUCUUAUUUGCAUUAGGCAAACAUAACAGAUAACAGAAAUACAUUUUAGCAUGUGACCAACAGAUGUUGAACACGGGGUUUACGUAAUGCAGCCAAUGCUAACAUAAGGGUAUUUCAGCUCCAUUGAAGAUCUCUUACAGAUUUUUGGCUUAUGUUAACGCAUAGCUUACAUGGGGAUAACAGAGCUAUUUAGCUUAUGGUUAGUACUAAGUCACGGUUUCUAAUUUUAGCAAAAGCAAUAUACCACACAUCAAAUUCAACUGACAAGUGAGCAGCCUAACUUGGUCUGAGGACAUUACUAACACAUGAUUAGUAUGUAUCUAGCAGACAUUGAGCAUAGGACUAGUCUAACCAUAACGCAUGACUAUACACAUAGAAAGCCUAAUUUUCUUGUUCUAUGUGUAACACCCAUUUCUUGCUAUAUUUAUUAGUUAAUAAGCGUAUAAGUAAUUUAAUUAGCAUAUGAAUAAAGAGCUAUCCAAACCUAAACUUUUUAUGUUAGCACACGGCUAGUGCCAGCACAGCCCUUACAGACCUUUAACACAGGGCUUACAUUUGCAAAACAAAGUUUUUCUCUUGUUAGCAAAAAGCUAACAUGGGAAAUAAUAGAACUACAGUUUAGCAUGUGGUAGUUGAUGCAGAGCAUUAGAGCUAACUAUAACAUGUGGCUAGUUGCACAUAGUACAUGGGUGGUAAGUUAGCUGUACAAUUUUUCAACACUUAUUUACUGGUGUGGUUACAACUUAACAUAGCAAGGGCUUGGUUGGUUUGUAGGUAGGUAAACACAACGGGUAACCAAGGAGCUAAAAAUGUCUGCUAACAAGAGAGUAUGUCAGUUUUAUGUCAGCUUCUACUGAUUUGUGGUUUAUGUUAGCACAUAACUAACAUGAACUAUAAUUUAGCUUGCAGCUAGCAUUUAGCCGAGGUAGUAGUUACAGGUUGAUUAAAGGGAACUAACAAGGUCUAAGGAAAUGGUUUACAUUGCUAAUAUAGAGCUAAUGCCUUGAAUUGAGGGCUAACACAUAGAUGUUAGUGUUUUAAGGUUCAGCCAAGAGAACUGCUCCACCAAUGGGAACAAGCCACACGGCUGAGGGGUGUGGCUUCACAAAGGUUUGAUGAGUGAGACCUAAAGCCAUACACACUGUGUUUGUGCGCAUGUAUUAACAUUACCAUGUGUGUGGGUGUGUAUUUGUUAGAGCCUGUAUGUGUGUGUGUGUGUGUAUGUGUGUAUAACAUUGCAGGGAUUUGCACUCUAGUGAUUCACCUCAGCAAGACAUCCACCUACCUACACACACACACACACACACACACACACACACACACACACACACACACACACACACACACACACACACACGUGCAUUGCACUGCCAUUUGAAAUAGUGGGUCAGAUUAGUUUCCAUGUAGCUUCACCAACCAACCAAACUGUAUUUUUCUUUAAAGGAACAGGGAUGUUGUAAAGUAUUUUUGUACAAAUUUAAUACUUUGGUAGCAUGACGUUCCUGUUGUUUGUCCUGUCGGGCUCCACUGCUCUCCUCCACCCGCCUUUGUAUGGACGAUUACUGAGCAACAAUAAAGAUGAAGACCUGCUGGGAGAA